UCAAGCAUUCACGUUCAUUAUUGAACUCCCUCGAGUUCAGAAAGAAAAGUGAAAAUGUCUGAAAAAAUAUUGGUAACUGUGAAUGAGGGGCAAAUUCGUGGAAUCAAACAAUUUUCAAAGUUUUCUGCAACAAAAUUUUUAUUCUUUUUUUGGAAUACCUUAUGGAAAAUCUCCUGCAAACACACGUCGAUUCACGGAUCCUGUGAAAGUAACCCCAUGGAGGAAUGUUCUCGAUGCAACAAGUGAAAAAGAAGGUUGUGUCCAAUUUUCAUUGCUCCAUUACGAAUUUAUGGGAACAGAGGAUUGUUUGUUUAAUAACAUCCAUGUACCAAAGCUACCUUGCAAAAAAGAUAUUCUGAGACCAGUAAUAGUCAACAUUCACCCAGGAGCUUAUAGCUUUGGUUCACCACGGACAGAAUUCUAUGGAUCUCCUGAAUUCAUCAUGCACAACGAUGUCAUAUAUGUCUGUAUUUCCUUCAGAUUGCAUAUUCUAGGGUUUUUGAAUUUAGGACUAAAAGAAUGUUCAGGUAAUCAAGGCAUAAAAGAUAUAAUUCUUUCACUCCAAUGGAUUAAGAGCAACAUACGAUCAUUUGGAGGUGAUCCAGAAAAUGUGACUCUGCUGGGAAGCUGCACUGGAGCUAUGAUCAUACAUGCUCUAAUGCUAUCACCUUCAGUCAAAGAAUUUGCAAAAUAUGCAGGUUUAUUUCACAAAGCGGUUUUGAUGGGUGCGUAUUUGACCAUUCCAAACGUGAUUCAACAGGAAAGUAAUGUGAGUCAUGCUCAAGAAACAGCAGUGAGUCUCGGUUACGAUGGAGACCCUCAAGAUCAUAAAAAACUGUUGACAUUUUUGAAAAAGCAAGAGCCUCAGUCAUUAAUUCAUGGGAUAAGGCAACGUCAAAAAGUUUUACAAGAGACUAUGGCUCCCAUACUUCCAAUCGGUGUGUUUGGCCCAUCACUUGACCAAGGGGAUAUUCUACCAGAAUCGCCUAGAAAAUUAAUCGCAACAAUGACUCGAAUACCAAUCAUGAUAGGGUUCUCUGAAAUCGAAUCUAUUAUGGGGUUCGUUCGUAAUACUUCAUUAGAUGGCGGCGUAUUGGGAGAUCUCAGAACGCACACUGAGAGAAAUUUCAAGACAUCGUUUCGGCAGAAUUGUUUUGGUUGGGGAUACCAUCUCGACGACGAUGAUGUUCAUUUAAUCAAUACAGAUGUUGAAGCAUUUUACUUGGAUAGACAACCCAUUGAAAAAGCGCCAUUAUACACUAAAAUGGAUAUUCAAACUGAUAUAUUUAUGUCUGAUGCUUAUGAUACGGUGAUAAAUCCUGUAGCUGCGAAUUUGCCCUCGUCAGUAUAUAUUUACAAAUUUCAAUUCGAGGGAAAUAUACAUUCAAUGAACACGAUUUUGAAAACUAGAUUCACUGAACCAUUAAAAGGAGCCUUUCACGGCAGUGACUUCUGCUAUUGGAAUCGUUUUGGAGAUCCUCAAGAUAAAGAAACUCAUAAAAUGGUGAAAAAUGUCACCAAACUUAUCACUACUUUCGCAAAAACCGGAGAUCCAAAUCAUGAAGAUUUUCCAGUCAGGUGGAAACCAUCUACACCCGAUGACCCGUGUUAUCUGAGCAUAAAUAACCCAUCAGAGAUGGUCGAUGGUAAAUUGAACAACGAUCGAUUACAAUUUUGGGACAAUAUAAAGCGGAAAUACCGAACAGAAUGAUUUUUUUUUCAAUUAAAAAAAUUAAUAUUUUUUCUC